GGCCCAGGCGAACUCCACCGACGGUUUCCUUGAAUUUUCUGUGGGAAAAUUUACAUACUUUCUGCUCAGCAGGCCCUUUCCACAGGGGGCCAUUCUGCGUCAUAUUUCAAGCAAUGUGACCUUCCUUCUUUUCCAAAUACACUCGCAGUAUCAGAACACCACUGUUUCGUUUACUAAGACUCUCCUUCCGGGCACCUCAGAGACAGGUAAUGACAGAGGGCUGGUUUUCAUCCUUAGACCCGAGCAGACUAUGUGCACUUGGUACUUGGAGACGAAAGAUGCCAAGCCUGUUCAAAAUGUGGCCAUUCCACUCUCCUACUCAGAAAGAGAUCCCAUUCCUGGAGGCUGUAAUUUGGAGUUUGAUUUAGAUAUCGACCCCAACAUUUACUUGGACUAUAAUUUUUUUGAAACAACUAUCAAGUUUGCACCAGCAAACCUAGGCUAUGCAAGAGGUGCGGAGCCUCCACCGUGUGACGUGGGCACGGGCCAGGAAUCCAGGUGGAGGUUGCAGUAUGAUGUGUAUCAGUACUUUCUGCCUGAGGGCGACCUCACUGAGGCCUCGCUGCUCCAGCAUCUUCAAAGGAUGGCCCAGGUGCCCCAAGUGAAGGCCAGUGCGGUCAAGGUGGUUACCCUAACAGCGGAUGAUAAAACGACUGUGUCUUUCUCUUCCCUCCUGGGACAAGGGGUCAUUUAUAAUGUCAUCGUCAGGGAUCCAUCCCUCAAUACAUCUGCUGCUUAUGUUCCCGUGCACACAUAUGCCUGCAGCUUUGAGUCAGUGGAUGGUAACUGUAUUUCUCCUGGAAGAGUAUCCACCAAAGUGUUUUUCACUCUGCUUGCCCUGCUUGGGCUCUUCAUUUGUUUCUUUGGACACAGAUUCUGGAAAACAGAAUUAUUCUUCAUUGGCUUCAUCUUCCUGGGGUUCUUCUUUUACAUCCUCAUCACCAGACUGACGCCCCUGGAGUAUGACGUGCGUCUGGUCCUCACGGCUGUAGCCGGCAGCGUCGGUGGGAUCUUCCUGGUAGCCUCAUGGUGGCGGUUUGGAACCCUCAUGCUCUGCAUGCUGUGCGUUGGACUCGUGUUGGGCUUCCUCGUCUCUUCUGGGACUUUCUUCACUCCUCUGGGAAAUCUGAAGGUUUUUCAUGACGAUGGAGUGUACUGGGUGUCGUUCUCUUGCAUAGCUCUGCUCAUUCCCGUCAUCUUCAUGGGCUGCCUAAGAAUACUGAACAUCCUGGCUUGUGGCGUUGUGGGCUCCUACUCCGUGGUGUUGGCUGUUGACAGUUACGUGUCCACGAGCCUCUCCUACAUCACUCUGAACGUCCUCAGGAGAGCUCUCAACACGGGUUUCCGAGGGGCUUUCAUCAGAGUGCCCUUCCAGACUAACGACUUCCUGGUCCUGGCCGUGUGGGGGAUGCUGGCUGUCAGUGGAAUUACACUGCAGAUCCGAAGAGAAAGGGGACAGCCACCUUUCCCACCCCAUCCCUACAAGCUGUGGAAGCAAGAGAGAGAACGCAGAGUGACUAACAUUCUGGACCCCAGCCACCAUAUCCCUCCGCUGAGAGAGAGGCUGUAUGGCCGGUUCACUCAGAUUAAAGAGCUCUUUCAGAAGGAACAGCCGGCCGGAGAGCGGACACCCCUGCUUCUGUAGACGGCUGAGUGGGCCUCACCCUGGGGUUCUCGUCUACGCUGCCCAGCUGUCCAGGUCCAGUGCGGGAUCAGCUACGGUCAGUGAUAGGGUGGGUGCCCGUUGACAGUAGUGAGUUAGAACAUUCUAGGUGACGGUGAGAAAAAACCACCAAACAGCUGGUUGUAGAAUGCUUUGCCUCGUUUCCCACAAUCCUGAGAAGUUACCCUUGGUUUAUAAAUACGAUUGAUGUGUUUUAUAAAAUAUACCAAAAAAUAAAAGUGUCAGUUCUCCUUCAAGCCCUGGGGUUUUCUCUUACAGCUAGCUUCUCGAGCAGUUUGACUCGUCUGAACCUGUGGAGGGAAAGGCUGGCACUGGGUUUUUGUUUGCUUCAUGUGUAGAGGUUUAGGAAUUUGAUCCUAGGUCCCUGAAUGGUAAGAUUAAGGGAAAAACAAUCCCUCUUUCCAUUAAAAGCAGUCUGAUUAUUUGGCUGCAUCUUAUGUUUUAAAUCAGGAACCCUUCAUUUCUUUCAAUGUUUAAACUUUUUUUUUUUUAAAGCUGUGGGAAACUAUCCUAAAAUGUAUCAACAUAAAUUCCCUGUUGUUUUGCCUCUGAGGCUUAAAGUGGUAAUUUAUAUAACUAAAUUAUUUCUGUAAUUGAAAAUAGCUCAGUUUAUUAAAGAUAAUAGAACUUUUGUAUGGCUAAGUUAUUUUAUUGUAUCAGCCCAGAUGGUGGCCUGUUCUUGUUUGGGGCCAUUUAAGGCAGUGUUGAGGGCUGCAUUGGAUGAAGAGUGGACUGUAUUUUGUCAGGACGAGUGGUUGCUGCCUUCCUCUGAGUGUCACUAACAGGAGACCUUUUUACCUCCUGGUGCUGUGGGAAGCAGCUGUAUCAGCGCCCUGUGGGGUCACUGCUAAUGACUGCUACUGUGUUCUGGAGGCCGGUGCUCUGCAGCGCAGGGGGAGCCAGCUAGGGUGGAGACACUGGGGAGCUGCUCCUUAGGGCGCCUGGGUUCUGUAUAGAGGGCCUCUCUCAAUGCCCAGGGCCCAUACCUCCCUCUCGGGGUUGUGGGCUGAGCCGGCUUCCUGGCGUGUGGCAGCUGGUUGUGGCUGUGGUGUGCUUCACCAGUGGUUAGUGAAGCGUCCACCGAAUCCUCGAUGAUGCUUUUUAGUCUCUUCACAGGUAGUGGGAGGAGUCUUCCGUUUGGGUUUUGAAAUGUUUUGAAGAUAAAACAUAAUGAAAAAAUGACAAAAUGAACCACUUUUGUUUCAACAAAUUCUUAUUCUGUUAUUAGUGUCUAGCUUCACAAUGAACUUGUUUUUUGAAAAAGACUUUACUGUAGUGACUCUGGCUUCUGUCACACGCCUGUAUUUGAGUGGUGUGGAAUGUUGGAGAGCAGUUCUCUGUACUGUCGGAACACACUGCCAGUCAGAGCUGUAAAAGGCAGAAUAUGCUUUCUUGGAGGGAGAAUACAAGUUAUUUUUGAAUUUUCAUAAUAACUUUUAUUAAUUCCACUUGUAUAACUUUUGUAAUAAAUACCUAUUUUGAAAAAUG